CCAAGCCAAAACUAAACCACCCCACAACGCCCUUCAUUUUCCCCUCUGGAUAAAAUACACUUCCAAAAUGGACUGACAACAGCAAUCCCUGACACACUCCCCGUCAUUCCACUAAACCGCGACCAAACCCACCCACAUUAGCACCGCGAUCCCACCGGAGACAUGGCGGCCGCCCUCGAGUGCUGGUCCAGCCGCACCACCACCGAUGAAGACAUGGUGGAGCAGGUGCUGAUGCGGACCCACGACAGAUCCGAAGGAUUGCCGGAGAGCUCCGAUUUGGGUCCUGCCAGGACGGACCAGGGCAAGCCGAUGCAGAAACGGCUGCAGAAGCUCGGCCGGAACGUCUCGGAGGCGAUUGCCUCGCUCAAGAACUCACUCAACCUUGAUUCCGCACGCGAUCAGCACCUUAUGCCCACCGCUGCUUCUGGGCCCGCCAAGCCUGAGAGCUGUAGGAAGGUCGUUUGGGGCACUGUUGUACGGAACUUGACGCAGUUGUAUCCCGGAAGUCAGUUGCCGGAGAAGCUUGUCUCCAAUAUAAGGAAGCAUUAUGAUUCCUUGCCUCUAAGCUAUGCACAGGCGGAUUUUGAUAUGAAAGAAGUGUUUGUGCAUAUAAAAUUGAUGGAACAGGCUUCUGGGGAUGAACACCCUGCGAUAUUGAUUCAGGAGGUGUCUAAUGAUGAAGAUGAUGUGCAGGGUUCUGUUUUCAAACUCACAUUUGCUUGUAAUUCGUCAAUUUCAUCUCAGGCUUUGUCUGGUGCACUUGACAGUGCUUCUAUUUGUUGCAAGAAGAUACAGAUCUUUGAGAAGAAGGGAUUUACUCUAGGGGUCGUUCUUCUUUUGAUUCAAGCUGGGCAGGAUAAAUUAUUUAAAUCAAGGGUCGAAAAUGCCUUGAAAUCUGCUAUGAAGAAGCCCAAGACAAGCACAGUGAAGCUGCCCUUUGGACUUUGUGGUUGUCAAGAGGGGAAUUCUAAAGGUCUGGACUUUGGGGAAAUUGAAGAAGAAGCCAGUGAACAGAGUUAUAGAAAUGGGAUUGAGAAUUCAAACACGAAGAUUCAGCUUCAAUUGCCUUUGCCUUCAUCGUCAUAUGUCAUAUCUGUUGAUGAAUGGCAAACGAUCCGCUCAGGUGGGGAUGAGAUAGGAAAAUGGCUGUUGAUCUCAGACAAUCUUGAGUUUGUUGAUCCAGUUGGACCGAUCUCUUUCAAGGGAGUUUACAAAGGAAAAAGGGUUGCAAUUGAAAAGCUGAAAGGGUGUGACAAGGGGAAUUCUUAUGAGUUUGAACUUCGGAACGAUCUGCUGGAGCUGAUGACUUGUGGGCAUAAGAACAUUCUGCAGUUUUAUGGUGCUUGCAUUGAUGAAAAUCAUGGGUUGUGUGUUGUGACAAAGUUAAUGGAAGGUGGAUCAGUUCAGGAUUUAAUGCUGAAAGGCAAGAAGCUUCAGACUAAGGAGAUAAUUAGGAUCCUUGUUGAUGUAGCAGAAGGAGUCAAGUUUAUGAACGACCAUGGUAUUGCAUACAGAGAUCUCAACACACACAGGAUUCUAUUAGAUAGGCAUGGUAAUGCCUGCUUGGGAGACAUGGGCAUAGUUACUGCUUGCAAGAGUGUCGGUGAGGCCAUGGAGUAUGAAACAGAUGGUUACCGGUGGCUAGCUCCCGAGAUCAUUGCUGGGGAUCCAGAGAAUGUUACCGAAACAUGGAUGAGUAACGCCUAUAGUUUUGGUAUGGUAAUUUGGGAGAUGGUAACUGGUGAGGCAGCAUAUGCUUCAUGCUCACCUGUUCAGGCAGCUGUGGGAAUAGCUACUUGUGGCCUAAGACCAGAGAUCCCUAAGGACUGCCCCCAAAUCUUGAAAUCCCUGAUGACCAAGUGCUGGAACAGUACCCCAACAAAGCGACCUCAAUUUUCUGAAAUUCUAUCCAUAUUGCUGCGGCCAAACAACCAUGGUAAUAACAGUAAUAGGUAAAAAUUCUUUAAAAUAUUUUAUGAAAUGUGAUCUCAUUGGUGCAAAAAUGGUUUUGCCUUCUUAUGAAGUCAUGAUGCCAUGAAAUGUAGAUCCUGCAAAGAAGAGGAAACAAGCUUGUAACUUAAAUUUUUUUUAACCAACAUAAGUCAAGAUAUAUACAUCUUCUUUCUUCUUGCCAUUUCAUAUCAUUCUUUUUCAAUUUGGGAGCCAAAAAGUAAAAAUAAAACAAGCUCAAUUGU